AUGCCUCUCGACACCUCAACAACAUAUCGCCUCACAAGACUUCGGCUAGAUGGCCGUCGUUGGAAUGAACUUCGCUUAAUGCAAGCUCAGAUCUCCACUAAUCCCGCGACAUCUGGAUCCUCAUAUCUCGCAAUGGGCAAUACCGUCGUUAUAUGUAUGGUACAUGGGCCAGCAGAGGGUCGACGAUCUGAAGCAACGGGCCCAGCUCGUGAGGGGGCCGUUAUUUCUGUCGCGGUCAAUAUUGCAGGUUUCUCUGGUGUUGACAGGAAGAAGAAAAGUUUAGCCGCCGGUGGAGGUGGAGGUGGAGGUGAUAGACAAGCAUCUACCGAUCUAGCCGUUGCCCUUCGUGAUGCCUUUCAACCACACCUACACACCCAUCUAUAUCCACAUAGCACAAUAUCUCUUAACAUUUCUGUUCUGUCAUCUGAUGGCUCCCUCUUCGCAGCUUGUAUAAAUGCCUGCACCCUGGCGUUGGUGGAUGCUGGAAUACCUAUGCCUGGCCUUCUUUGUGCUUGUACAGUCGGAAUGAGCGGACGGGCAUCUACACCCGCCACACCAGAAAUGAAACGAGUGGGUGGAAUCAACGAAAGUUUAGAUCCGCUCCUUGACAUGUCAAUGCCUGAAGAACAAGAACUUCCGUUCAUGACUGUUGCAAAUUCAAAUCCAGCCCCCUCGGGACACGACUCCAUGGAUGAUGAAGAGGACAACCAGAUGCUGUCAGUUGUCCAGAUGGAGUCUGGCGUACAUAUAUCAUAUCUGGAAACUAUGUUCGCAGUAGGGCUCGAUGGUUGUAAGCAGGUCAGGGAGAUCCUGAACGGCGUGAUAAAAGCAGCAGGCCGGAAAGUGUUGGAAGGGGAGGGCGAAGGAUUGGCUGAUGGCAUCGAACGAUGA